GCUGCAGGAUUUUUCUGUUUUUUUUUUUUUUUUCCUGCGAGUUAAGGGAUGUUUCUGCACAUUUCCCUGUGCCUCCAGCUGCUCGGUUUCAGAGUCGCUGCGUUUUAUUGACAGGCCGCUCAGUCCAGCCGCUGAGGUCAGCCUGAUCGAAAUGAGAAGGGAAGCGGUAGGAGGGAGCCGGAGCCGGAUCCUGGCUCCUCCUCGCGGCCUCCCCUCCCCCGCCUCCUCUCCUGCUCCAGCAGUAGGUAGAGGCGCUGCGGCGCAGGCAGGCAGGCAGUUCAGGGCUUGAGCCAAAGGCGCACACAACACACCCACCAGAGCAGGACUUCAGCCGAUCCUUCCCUCACCGCAGCAGAGCAACUUCCUCAAAGCCGUCCCGUUUUUCCCCUCCGCAGUCUGUAGGGAGGACUUUCUCACCGCCACGCCAGCCCCCCACAUCUGCACCUCUGACCAUCACUCGCCAUGGAAACCCCGAGCCAGAAACGCCGCAGCACCGUCUCCCCGGCCCGCAUCACCCGGCUGCAGGAGAAGGAGGAGCUGUGCAACCUCAACGACCGGCUGGCCGUCUACAUCGACAAGGUGCGCUCCCUGGAGUCUGAGAACGCCUCGCUGCGGCUGCGCAUCUCCGAGUCGGAGUCGGAGGUCACACGCGACCUGUCCGGCAUCAAGACGGCGUACGAGACGGAGCUGGCCGACGCCCGCAAAACGCUGGACAUUGUGGCCAAGGAGCGGGCGCGGCUGCAGCUGGAGCUGGGCAAGAUCCGGGAGGAGCACAAGGAGCUGAAAGCCAGGUAGGAGCGGUGGGUUCCAGACAUCAACCAAUUAAU